AUGUCAAAAAUUUCUGAAAUUAAUAUUAUUGACGGUAAAAGAAAGAGAGUAAUGUCAACUGACGGUGUUUUAGCUUGUGUUACAACCAAUCUAUUAAAAACUACUAAUUAAAAAUAAGGUAUUAAAUAGAAGAAACCUUUGAAGUAAAAAAAGAAAAUAGUGAUUUAAUAAGAAUCAGAUAGCUCAGCUGUUUAAGUAGUUGAGAAAUCUUAAAAGGAAACAGAAGAGAAAGUGAGAAUAACAAAAAGUGCUCUUACAGAAUUGAUCAGUUAGCAUUUUCUAAUCAUUGAUGAUGAAGAAUAGAAGCAAUAAUAGCCAAAAAAACAUGUCAAGCAUUAAUUAAGAGAUUCAAAUAGUGAAAGUUCAAGUUCAGAUAAAUCAUCAUCAGAAAACAUUCCAAAAAGAUAUAAACAUAAGGCAUGA